AUGAUACCUAGUCUGAUCAGGAUGGCCCGCUCUCGAACAUACGCUGAAGCGAUUAAUCUCCUCAACACCUGUCAGAGCAAUGCUGCGACCAUCGAGGCCAUCCGCAAGUCGGGCGGACGAAUGAACGACUAUGCCAUCGUCGAGAUGAACGACUAUCUCCGGCGGAUAGGCUACGUUCCGGACGACCUGAACAAGCUAAAUGUCGUCCAUAUCACCGGUACCAAGGGGAAGGGUUCUACCUCUGCGUUCACCGAGAGGCUACUGCGGACCCACAUGACUGGGAGAAUAGCUGAUGUAGGGCUAUACACAUCCCCGCACCUCUGCGCCGUCCGAGAGAGAAUACGAAUCAACGGCGAGCCGUUAUCGGAGGAGGACUUUGCGCGAUACUUCUUUGAGGUCUGGGAGAGAUUGGAAGGGAACACUAAGACCAUCUACCCGCACACCCCCCAAUUCCCCAUUUACUUUCGACUCCUCACCCUCCUCGCUUUCCACACCUUCAUCUCCCUCGGCGUUUCCGCUACCGUCCUCGAAGUCGGUAUAGGCGGAACAUACGACUCGACCAACAUCGUCCCCAAGCCUGUCAUCACCGGCAUCACCUCGCUCGGCCUUGACCACGUCGCGGUUCUCGGCAAUACCAUCCAAGACAUCGCGCGCAAUAAGGGCGGGAUCUACAAAGCUGGCGUACCUGCUCUGAGCGUCAAGCAGGAUCAAGAGGAGGCGACCCGGGUGCUGGCGGAAUGUGCGGAGGAGGCUCGUACGAGCAGCUACGAGGUGGUCCCGAUGAUUCCGGAGACUGCGCUGGGGCUAAGGGGAGCGCAUCAGCGAAUCAACGCGAGUUUGGCGGUUGCGUUGGCGAGGGGGUUCUUGAGGGCACAGGGGAAGGAGGGGAUGGAUGACGCGCUGCCAAGGUCCUUCGUGGCGCCGCUGGCGGGAACCAAGUGGCCAGGGAGGUGUCAGCGGGUGGAGCAGGGAAAGACGACAUGGCUGCUGGAUGGAGCGCAUACGACCGAAUCUUUGACCUCGUGUGGGGAAUGGGCAUGGGGAGAGGGGAACAAGCCGGGAGUGCUGAUCUUCAAUUGCUCUGGAGGGAGAGCGGGGCAGAUGCUUCUCACGGCGUUGCUAGAGGCGGGGGCAAGGACGUCAAGCUCGGAGUUGGUCGAGCUGGGGAAGAGGUUCGAGGCGGUCAUCUUCUGCACCAAUGUGACGUAUACGGACGGACAUUUCAGCAGUGAUCUCACAUCUCAUGCGAUAGACCCCAAUGAUCUCUCACAGCUAGCGACCCAGAAUCAACUCCGGGACGCCUGGCUCGAGCUGGUGCCCGGGUACGACCCAAAGCAGGCUCACGUCGUAGCGUCUAUCCAGCACGCAGUGGAUCUGGUCAGGGGCAUGGAGGGGGAGCAUGAGGUGCUGGUGGCGGGAAGUCUGCAUCUGGUCGGAGGGGUAAUGGAAGUAGCUAGCUUGCAGGGGUCUUUGGGCAUGGUAUAA